CACGACGAAAUAUCUGGCUAUGCCUAUCUAAACGUAGACACAAAACCUCUAAGUUUACGCGGGGGGUGAAGUCGAAAAUCAAUAAGAAUGUUACGUGUCAGUUUAUCAAGGUGUGUAAAAAAAUACGGUGAAUAAUGUAAGCGUGAUGGAACCGUGAAAGGUGUAGCUAACAGCUGUCGGAUCGAAUAAUAAUUUCGUGUAAUAUUUGUGACAAACAAAAUAUGCAUAUAUAUAUCAUUUAAAAUGUGCGAGACGUGGAUACAAAAAGCGCAAUUGUUUUGACAGACAAUCUAGUAAAGUUCAUUCUGUAAGCUUUCACAUUCUCAGAAAUGUUAGUCAACGGUUUCAUCAUAAAAAUACUGGCGAUUUCAUCGCUGGUUAUAUUCCAGUCUCAUCCAACUUCAUCGACACACAUAACAGGAACGUUUAACACACGUGAAUUUUUUCGAUUUCUCAUGAAGUUUGGUUUCCAAAAAACGGAUCGUCAUCGUCCUAAGGACUCCUUUGGCUACAUAUUUGGGAAUGUUACAUCCCGGAGAAAUUUCUCCUAUCCCAUAACCAUGGCAGUUUUGGACCGUGGUCACUUUUUGGAGUACUACGGAAACAGAACAAUUAGAAACAAAGAUGUUGCCUGUUCUUUAAUGUUUGAUACCCUCAACCAGAGUUCCUAUGAUCCGACUUGUAACGACAAGGGACAGGACUAUCUACGUAGAGUUCCAUGUCCUAAAGGAAAACUCUGUGACAAUGAGGAUAAGGCGUCAAAUGUUGUGCCAGGAUAUCAGUUCACUUAUGUUAUUCAGGACCUCCGUAGACCAAGAUUUUGGUACAUGAGCCUUGUAGCUUGUUAUCAUAAUACUACCACUUGCAAGUGGCAGCAUUAUGACAAGGAAGAUGAGCUAGAAUAUGAUAUAUGGCUCGUUAAUGGAAACCCCAAUACCAGUGGUGUCAAUGCGUUGUCAUAUCAGUUUUCUUAUGACAGACAAAAUACCAUCGAACUCUACCUUCUGUUCUUCGUCUGCUAUGUUAUCCUUGUUCCUUUUCAACUGUACGCCGCUAGCAUGCAGAGACAUCCUGUAACUCGGCUCUUUACAGCUAGUUUGCUUUUGGAGUUUGUAGCUAUUUGUUUGAUCCUCAUUCAUGUCCUUAAAUUUGCCCUCGAUGGAGUUGGCUAUGAACAGCUGGAAGUUGCAGGGGAUAUCUUUGAUAUUUUGUCCAGGACAUCCUUCAUGCUUCUAUUACUCCUCUUAGCCAAGGGAUGGGCAGUGACAAGGAUGGAGCUAACUUGGAAGCCUUUGGUUUUUGCUAUCUGGCUCUGCUAUGGGAUUGUUCAUAUCCUGUUGUACGUUUGGAAUAUGACGGAAGUUGACAUCAUUGAAGAUGUCGAUGAGUACCAGACGUGGCCUGGAUGGUUUAUCCUAUUAUUCCGCAGCACGAUAAUGGUUUGGUUUUUGUACGAGUUGAGAAAUACUAUGACUUAUGAGCACAACACCCAAAAACUGAACUUUCUCUUACACUUUGGAGCAUCUUCGCUAGUCUGGUUCAUCUACCUUCCGAUAAUAGCCUUAAUUGCUUUGCAAGUUAGUGCGCUAUGGAGGUUUAAGCUUCUGCUAGGAAUCACAUAUUCAGCUGAUUGUUUCGCAUACUUCGUGAUGGCUCAUUUGCUAUGGCCAACAAGAAGUGAGCAGUACUUCCUACUGGCGCAGGGUGCGGAUAAUGGAGAUGAGCUUGACGAGUUUAAUGAAGCACCUCACGUGUUAAAUAAUUAUGUGGAGCCACCAGAGCUCAGUAAAGUACUAGCCUAAUGAAAUCGGAUAUCAGGUAAAACGUAGGCUUAGAAUUAGCAUUAGAAUUUUGAAUUAAGUUUAAUGAACGAAUUGGGAGCGAAAAUAGUAAAUAACCGAUAAAUAAUCAACGAGAUAUUUACUGUAAAGAAAACUGAACGAUGUGAUCAAAAAUUUGCCAAACGGAUAUAAAAAUGGUAAAAACAAACACUUAUAUACGAGAUAACGUGAUGUAUGAUACUCUAAAAUGCACUUUUUGAGACUGAAGUACCUUGUGCGCAACACCCUUUCUCUUUUUUUCUUAUUAAAACGUGUCCUAAAACUCAAUUAUUCGAUAACUCAAGAACGUAUUGCCUUUCUAUUAUUGAUGAUGAUAGUUGAUACGUAUUGAGUAACAAUCCUGAGACCCUGUACAAAAUUCCGAUAAUUUGUAAAAACACCAUUCUCCACUCUAAAGUUCAUUCUCCCAAUCCUCAACAAAUACCUUUCCGAGCUUUUGCUCACAGCUUUUUCACUUUUGAACUUUUCCACUUUUUCACGGCGAUUAUGUGAUCAGCCUGUUCGGUGUUCUUUUUUUUCAAUUAUUUGUAACCCAGGCUGAAUCGGAAAUAUUCGUAAUAACUAAAUUUACAAUAUGGAAGAAGAAAAAAAAAGGAUAGAGCUCUGGCUUUCUUAUACGUAUUGAUAGAUAUUUAAAAAUAAUAUUCGUCAUUUCUCUGAUAAAAAAAAAGAAUACACUUGCACAUCACAAACACAUCUUCCCAUAUUGUCGAAAAUCGUCGUCAUUUGUUGUUGCUCAAUCUUGUCAAUAAGCUACGUGACAAGUGUGAAUAUAAUUAGCAUAAAGUUGUAUAUUGGAUAAUAUUAUAACACAUGGUACGUCUUUGCAUUGUUCUAAUCUCAUAUUUUAGAUAAAAAAAAAGAAAGAAAACAAAAAAAAAACACUAUCGUAAUCGGUUAUCGCGAUACGUACGCUGUAAAGGAUAGUUAUAAUCGAACUACGUAAUUUAGUUCAUUGUUUCAGUGAAGCGAAUAAUUCCCUCUAUUAGUAUUCUGACCCCAUCGAGACAGAACAAAUCAUUAAUAGCCUGAUUUGUAACGACCUAAAAUCAGUGCAAGACGAUCACAAUGUUUUUGUUGAUGUUACAAUCGGUAUUCUAGUAAAUAGAGAGGAAAGAUCAUGUACAAUAGGUUUCAUAUUGUAGCAACCUAGUGAUAUUACUUUAUGCGAGUAACCGUAAUUAUUAGUCCUCAUAGAAGUUUUUGAAGAUUUCAGUAUAACGUGAUCAUGAGUGAAAGUGCAAACAAAAGUAUGUUUCAACAUGAACUUGAAUGACAUCAAAACAGAAGAAACAAAGGGAACUGAUUCAUUCAAACACAAAUAUUUACUGCACAAUAUUUGUUUAAUUAUACAUGUAGUCUAUGGAUAUCUUUUACAUUAUAAUUACGUACUUUAAUUACGUUCUAAAUAUGAGUGUGUGCUAUAUCGAACGUUUUUAUCAUCGUUCAGACUAGGCGACUGCCAAAAAAAUGCGUCACAAACUGUUUUAAUAAUAAAAUAAAUUAACAUAAAUCCACAACAGA